UGAAUAGUUUCAAAUGAUGAAUCUAUAGUUAGAACAGAAAAUAUGUUUAAAGGAGACAUGGAUGGUUUAGAAGUCUUUCCAAUCCUGAUGCAUCUUGGGACAUCAAUCACAGACCACAAACCAUCUAAUCUAGCCGCAGCAUAUAACAAAUAAUCAGAAACAGAUGUAAUCUUGAUGCUUUGUGUCUUGUAGGUAGUAAUGUGAUUCAUGUAUAAUGUGUAUUCUCUGUUGUCCUCUCCACUCUCCCCAAACCCCCCUCAAUAUACAAAACCGUUCUCCUUAACUCCAUCCUCUCCACGUGGUUCGAGCACUUCAGUAUGCUGGUCAUUUUGCUGAACUGCGUCACCCUCGGGAUGUUCCAGCCCUGUGAAGACGUGGAAUGUUUGUCGGAGAGAUGCACCAUUCUGGAGGCAUUUGAUGGCUUCAUCUUCGCUUUCUUCGCUGUGGAAAUGGUCAUUAAGAUGAUCGCGUUGGGCAUCUUUGGGCAGAAGUGUUACCUGGGAGAUACUUGGAACAGGCUGGAUUUUUUCAUCGUCAUGGCUGGGAUGAUGGAGUAUUCUCUUGAUGGACAUAACGUCAGCCUUUCCGCCAUCCGCACUGUACGAGUUUUAAGGCCGCUAAGAGCCAUUAAUAGAGUCCCAAGUAUGAGAAUACUGGUGACUUUGCUGUUAGAUACACUGCCUAUGUUAGGCAACGUCCUUCUCUUGUGUUUCUUUGUGUUUUUCAUCUUCGGGAUCGUUGGCGUCCAGCUCUGGGCUGGGUUACUCCGGAACAGGUGUUUCAUGGACCAAGGAUUCCAAAUCAGUUACAACCUCACCUCUCUAAAGCCCUACUACCAAGUGGACGAGACGGAGGAGAACCCUUUCAUCUGCUCGAAGCACAGCGACAACGGCAUGCUGAAGUGUCAGGACAUCCCCCCUAAAAUCGACUGCGCCAACUUCAACUUCCCAGAGAUCGGGAACAGGAACAACUGUGACCUGAAUCAGUUCUACAACAUAUGCCAACCCGGAGACCUGAAUCCACACAAAGGGGCCAUUAAUUUUGAUAACAUCGGCUAUGCCUGGAUAGCCAUUUUUCAGGUUAUAACCCUGGAAGGGUGGGUGGACAUCAUGUACUAUGUCAUGGAUGCACAUUCUUUUUACAAUUUUAUAUAUUUUAUACUACUUAUAAUUGUGGGGUCUUUCUUCAUGAUAAACUUGUGCCUGGUUGUCAUAGCAACACAGUUUUCGGAAACGAAGCAGCGCGAAAAUCAGCUCAUGCAGGAGCAGCGGGCCCGAUACCUCUCCAACGACAGCACAAUCGCCAGCUUCUCCGAGCCGGGUAGCUGCUACGACGAGCUGCUCAAGUACAUCUGCCAUAUCUUCAGGAAGGUGAAACGAAGGACGCUGCGCCUCUAUAAUAACUGGCAGAACAAGAGGAGGAAAAAGGUCAACCCUAAUAGUGUCAUGAACGGACAAGGUCGGGGCCGCAAGUGCAAGCGGCGUAUCACCUCCAUCCAUCAUUUGAUCCAUCACCACCAUCAUCACCACCACCACCAUUAUCACAUAAGCAAUGGGAGUCCCAGGGGCCCCAGGUCCAGUCCGGAGAUCUGUGAUGUAGAAAUGAAGAUCAUAAAGCCACAAAAUCAACUGAGGCUCCUUCCACCAUCCCCGAGUAACCAGAACACACCAGCCAACAGUGAGUCUGUUCAUAGCAUUUACCACGCGGAUUGCCACUAUGAAGGGCCCCAGCUUAAAUCAUGUAAGUCUUCCAAUGCCUCCUCCAUCACCAAACUGGAUGUGGGGCUCAACCAUACCAACAUGAACUACCCUACCAUCCUACCUUCCCCGGCCAGCAAAGCCAGUCCCACCACGUUGCCGAAAGGAAAGAGAAGUGGCAGUAAUCCCGGAAGUUUGGUCAACAGCCCAGUUAGCUUGAACACUGACUCCUAUGGAAAGAUGCAUUGUCUAGUUGGAGAGCAGGGGCUGUGCAGAAGUUCCAGCAAAUUAUCUAAUCUCAGUGUCCCCUGCUCCUUACCAAGCCCUCAGGCCAGGCAGAUCAUCUGUGAGCUUCAGAACUGCACCUACUGUGCCAGCCUACUGGAGAACCCAGAAAUGGAGAUCAGUGACUCUGAAAGCUGCGAAUCUGACACGAAUUGCGUGUACGAGUUUACGCAGGAUCUCCGGUAUGGAGACCAAAGAGACCAAAUACAGAAGAGGAGGAAGUACAAGAAGAAAGAGAAAGAGAAAGAGGUCAACAAGGUCUACAAGCUCUGGGAGGAGUUCACCAACAGGCUCAAGAGGAUUGUGGAGAGCAAGUACUUCAACCGAGGCAUCAUGAUCGCCAUCUUGAUUAACACUCUCAGCAUGGGCAUUGAGUAUCAUGAGCAGCCGGAGGAGCUGACCAAUGCCCUGGAGAUCAGCAACAUUGUCUUCACCAGCAUGUUUGCCCUGGAGAUGCUCCUCAAGCUUCUGGCCUUUGGUAUGUUCGGCUACAUCAAGAAUCCGUAUAACAUCUUUGACGGCAUCAUCGUUGUCAUCAGUGUUUGGGAGAUCAUCGGCCAGUCAGAUGGGGGUCUGUCUGUGCUCAGAACAUUUCGUCUGCUUCGCGUGUUGAAGCUGGUCCGCUUCAUGCCAGCUCUGCGGCGCCAGCUGGUGGUCCUGAUGAAGACCAUGGACAAUGUGGCCACCUUCUGCAUGCUUCUCAUGCUCUUCAUCUUUAUCUUCAGCAUUCUCGGCAUGCAUCUCUUUGGCUGUAAGUUCACACUGAGGACGGACAGCGGAGAUACCAUCACUGACCGCAAGAACUUUGAUUCCCUUCUUUGGGCCAUUGUGACUGUUUUCCAGAUCCUCACACAGGAAGACUGGAACGUGGUCCUGUACAACGGAAUGGCCUCCACCUCCUCCUGGGCGGCUCUCUACUUUGUGGCUCUAAUGACAUUUGGGAAUUAUGUCCUGUUCAACCUGUUGGUGGCCAUUUUGGUGGAGGGAUUUCAAGCAGAGGGGGAUGCCACAAGGUCAGAAGCAGAUGAGGACAAAGUCUCUGCCAACUUCGAUGAAGAACUGGAAAAGUUGAAAGAUCUCCGAGCCGCAGAGCUUAAGAUGUACUCACUUGCAGUGACCCCCAAUGGACACCUCGACCCUCGUUGUUCAAUGCCACCUCCAAUUAUCAUGCGCACGGCUGCUACACCAAUGCCCACGCCCAAGAGCUCUCCGUGUAUGGACUCUGUACACACCUUUGUGGAUUCCCGAAGGGAAAGCAAUGCGUCCAUCGAUCCAUCCAACUGUGAUCAGAAGUCUUUGGCCAGCAUCCGGAGUUCCCCCUGCCCCCCGUGGGGCACGUACAGCAACUGGGGAAGCCGCCGUUCUAGUUGGACCAGUAUAGGCCGGGCCCCAAGCAUCAAGAAAAGGAACCAGUCUGGAGAAAGGGAGUCCUUACUCUCCGGAGAAGGAAAAGGUAGCACAGACGAUGACUCUGACGACUGCAAGUCCAGCUCUGUUGCCAGGAUAUCUCUCCACCGCCGGGCAGGAUCUUUGGACACCCGUGGCACCUUGGACAUCCCAGAGCUUCUCCAAGUACCCACCCUGCGCCACUCGCUCAGUGUCAACCCUCUGGCUAUGGUGCCUGCGGACUACCAAGACUGCAAUGGCAAAAUGGUGCACGUGCCCAGUGACCUGUUCGUCAGGAUGGAGAAACACAAAGAGGACCCCAUUGACUAUGAAGAUGACAUUGAGGACAGUUUCUGUUUCCGUCUCCGCAAGACCCUGGAGCCUUACAAACCCAAAUGGUGCAAGACCCAUGAAGACUGGUCUCUCUACAUGUUUUCACCUCAAAACCAGUUUCGUGUGAUGUGCCAAAAAAUCAUUGCCCACAAGAUGUUUGACCACGUGGUUCUCGUUUUCAUCUUCCUGAACUGCAUAACCAUUGCCCUGGAACGGCCUGAUAUUGGCUCAAACAGCCUGGAGCGGAUCUUUCUCAGUGUCUCCAAUCACAUCUUUACAGCCAUCUUUGUUGUAGAAAUGACAAUUAAGCUGGUCGCACUUGGUUUCAUCUCCGGGGAGCGAGCAUACCUACAGAGUAGUUGGAACGUUCUAGAUGGAGUCUUGGUGUUUGUUUCCAUUAUUGAUAUCAUCGUGUCCCUGGCCUCUGCAGGUGGUGCCAAGAUCUUGGGCAUUCUGCGGGUGCUGCGUCUGUUAAGGACACUGCGGCCUUUGAGAGUCAUCAGCAGAGCACCAGGACUCAAGCUGGUGGUGGAGACUCUGAUUUCCUCAUUGCGACCAAUUGGAAAUAUUGUCCUCAUCUGCUGCGCUUUCUUCAUCAUCUUUGGGAUUCUGGGAGUUCAGCUCUUCAAGGGCAAGUUCUAUACCUGCGAGGGGCCAGAUGUCCGCAAUGUCACCAACCGAUCAGAAUGCAUCGGGCCACGAUUCAAGUGGGUGAGACGGAAAUACAACUUUGAUAACCUUGGUCAGGCCCUCAUGUCACUGUUUGUUCUGUCGUCUAAAGAUGGCUGGGUGAACAUUAUGUAUGACGGACUGGACGCCGUGGCCCCUGAUGUACAGCCCAUCCGGAACAACAACCCCUGGAUGCUCCUCUUCUUCAUCUCCUUCCUCCUCAUCGUCAGCUUCUUUGUCCUCAACAUGUUCGUCGGAGUGGUGGUGGAAAACUUCCACAAGUGCCGCCAGCACCAGGAGGCUGAGGAGGCCCGGCGCCGGGAAGAAAAACGGCUGCGCCGUCUGGAGAAAAAACGCAGGAGUAAGGCGUUGUAUAUGUCUGAAGCCCAGCGAAGGCCAUACUACGCAGACUACUCUCCUACCCGGCGUUAUAUACAUACACUGUGCACCAGCCAUUACCUGGACCUCUUCAUUACCUUCAUCAUUGGCAUCAAUGUGAUCACCAUGUCCAUGGAGCAUUAUAACCAGCCCAAGUCCCUGGACGAUGCCCUGAAAUAUUGCAACUACAUCUUUACCAUCGUCUUUGUUUUUGAGGCUCUUCUCAAGCUAAUUGCCUUUGGAUUUAGAAGAUUUUUUAAGGACAGGUGGAAUCAGCUUGAUCUGGCGAUCGUUCUUCUCUCCAUCAUGGGGAUAACACUGGAGGAGAUAGAGAUCAAUGCCUCCCUUCCCAUCAACCCUACCAUCAUUCGCAUUAUGAGAGUGCUGAGGAUUGCUCGAGUGCUGAAACUGUUGAAGAUGGCAACUGGGAUGCGUGCUCUACUGGAUACCGUUGUUCAGGCACUGCCACAGGUCGGUAACUUAGGCCUUCUCUUCAUGCUCCUUUUCUUCAUCUAUGCUGCCCUCGGAGUCGAGUUAUUUGGGAAAUUGGUGUGUAAUGAAGAGAACCCAUGUGAGGGCCUCAGCAGACACGCCACUUUCGAGAACUUUGGCAUGGCUUUCCUGACUCUGUUCCGUGUCUCGACAGGUGAUAACUGGAAUGGCAUCAUGAAGGAUACACUCCGCGAGUGCAGCAGCGACGACAGGCACUGCCUAAGCUACCUUCCCAUCAUCUCCCCCGUCUAUUUUGUCACCUUUGUCCUCAUCGCCCAGUUUGUCUUGGUUAAUGUUGUGGUGGCUGUGCUGAUGAAACACCUGGAGGAGAGCAAUAAGGAGGCCAGGGAAGAUGCAGAGAUGGAUGCUGAGAUCGAGAUGGAGAUGUCUAGGGCACUCACACCAAUCGUUGGAGCCUGCCCCCCUACACCAGAUGGCAGGGGGAUCGGUGGGGGGCAGAAUCCAGCCAAAAAGGAGCUGCCAGUGCUGCUGAAACAAGCCAGGGGGGCUCUGAGCCGGGAGAAUGUCACAAUAUUGAUCCCAGAGUCAAUGGAGGGCUCAGUUCUGAUGAAGGACAUAAGGCCUGUCUCUCCCGUUUCCCAUCCGCAGGUUCUGCCUUUCUCCCUGCUGCCCCGAACCUACAGCCCUGAGGAUGGGGACAUCUACUUGAGGGAUGGGAUGGGAUCCCAGAACCUGCUGGCUGUCAGGAAGGUUUCGGUGUCUAGAAUGCUUUCGUUGCCCAAUGACAGCUACAUGUUCCGCCCUGUUCUGCCAGCAAAAUCGUCAUACCCGUUGCGGGAGACGGAGGCCUACGAGGACAGCUGUACGAUAGGAUCUGUUUUAUCGGUCAAUUCCCAACCAGUGGAGUCCAGUAAUUCUUCAAAGUUACCAGAGGAAUGUCAGCUAUUAUCUUCUGCCAGUGGCCAUGCUGAACCAGAUGAAAUGCCUAAAAUCCCACCUCCACUCUCAGUCUCAAGGUCACCCAGUCUACAUAGACUGCUACACAGGCAGGAGGCCAUCCACAUGGAUGAUCAGAAUGGUGACGCUAAGGACGAUCUUCAGGUCGAAACAUUGGAGAAUGGAAAACUGAGGACACCAUCAAAUACACUUGCUCCACCUCUUCUCUGCCCCAGCCCUCUAUCUCUGCAGGGAACCCCCCAAUCUUCUCCCAAGCCACCUUCCCACCACAGACAUUCCAGUGUCCGCACACGCAAGCACGUCUACAGCCAACACAGUAUUCCCAGCCGUCCCUCAAGUUGCAGCAGCGAGAACACCAAUCCGGAAGAGUCUGCAAUGGAGUCAUCAGACCCGGCUGAUGAAGAAGUCAGCCACAUCAACAGUUCAGCAAAAGGCUGGCCAGUACAAUCCAACCACAGGAGCCUCUCUGUCUCUCCGUUCAUCUCCCAAGCGUCAUCUCCUCCACCUCUACUAAAGAAUUGCAAUAGCACAGCCAGCCUGGCAGGUACCAGCAGUAAAGACUUGAAGAAGUUUAACAGUGUUGAUACUCAAGGAUUUUUAGCUAAGCCAAUGUGGGCAGAAGACCAAAGGAGGCACUCGAUCCAGAUCUGCCCCUCCAUUGAUGAUGAUGGAGAUUCCUGCUUUGAUCUGUCCAUUGACGAUAAGCAUGAUUCCUCCAUCCUCUUUCAGUCUGAUCCAGAGUACAUCAAUGGGGUCCGAAGGAAGAAGAAGAUGAGCCCACCUUGUAUUUCUAUAGAUCCUCCCAUGGAGGACGAGAGUGGCACAGCUUCGCGUACCAAAGUAUCUGAAAACAGCAUGAUGUUACGAAGGAGGACACCAUCGUGUGAAUCUACAGCCUACAGGGACUCUUUAGACCUUGGCGACAACCAGUCUGGAGAACAGCCGUCCAAAAGUGAGAGGAGAAACCAAGCGAAUUGUCGCAAUGAACAUUUGGUCAUCCCUGGAUACACUUUCGACCAGCUGGAGACCAACAAUUUCAAAGAACAUUUAUCGGAGGGUGGGCAUCCUGCAUCUCCAUCUGCAAUCACAGUGGACUCUAGGCCUGACAACAUGGCUUUAGAAAUUUUACCGCUAGACCAUCAACAUAGCAACAGCUCUGAAAAGACCAGAGAUUUCACUGAAAUUAAGAGUUCUUUUAAAAAUCCUGCACUAAUUAAUGCUUCUAACACAACAGAGGAAGUAACAGACAAACCACUAUAGCUUUUAAUGAUAAAGGGCUUGUGACAUUGACGAAACCACUGGAUAGACGGGUCUGAAAAGCCCCGUUGGGUGUUGGUAUUUUCAAUAAUCAGCGGGGUUUCAUGUGGAUUAUAGAGAAGUGUGGAGGGUUUACGUAAAAAAAAUGAUUUGUUUGAUUUUAUAAACGAAAUACGGAAAAAAAUUCCCAUAUAGCCUCAAUCACAUUGAUUCGAGUUUUUAUUUUAAUGUUUUUUUUUUUUUGUUUGUUUGAUUUUCUAUUUUUAAAUUGGCACUUUUUUAUUGUGCAGAGACACAGUAUGCAGAAGUGCUGACAUAUGAAGACUUGUACAAUAUCUGUAUAUCAGCGGUAUAAAUAAAAUAGAAAUAAUGUAUUUGUGAAA